AUGUCCCUAGCAUGUUCCACAUGUCAUGUUAUUUUAGAUGAUAAGGUUUAUAAUUAAUUGCCUAGUGCAUCAUUAGAAGAAGAAGAUCUUUUAGAUUUAGCCUUUGGAUUGACUGAUACUAGCAGACUUGGAUGUUAAGUAAAAGUUGAUAAAAAUUUCGAAAAUACAAGAGUAAAAUUACCAAAGGCAACUAGAAAUUUUUAUGUGGAUGGACAUAAACCAUAACCACAUUGA